AUGUUGUUGCAUACUCAUUCUUAUCUAGACAUUAUUGGACUUUGUGAAACAUUUUUAAAUGACAGCUUCUCAGAUAAUGAAUUCCAGUUUAAAGGAUAUCAAAUGUUUCGAAUGGACAGGAAAACAAAUGGGGGUGGACUUAUAUUAUAUGUUAAUGAAAAUUUUUCUUGUUUUCCGCGGAGUGAUUUACAAAAAGAGAACAUUGAAGCCAUCUGGCUUGAAAUCAAGAACAAUCAACAAAAAACGUUUAUAUUAGGAUAUAUUUACAGACCCCCAUCAUCACCUGCAAACUGGAACUUGGAUUUAGAACAAAUAUUAGAUAAGAUAUAUAUUGAAAACAAGGAAAUUAUUUUAACUGGAGAUUUCAACUAUAAUUAUGAUCCACUAACACUAUCUACUAACAACACUUGUUGGAAUAAUAUUACUAACAGUUUCAACUUAAAGCAGGUUGUUGAAGAACCCACCAGAGUAACUAAAACAUCAAAGACCAUAAUAGAUCACCUAUAUACAAAUUUCCCUCAUAAUAUUUCUGAAAUUACUAUCCCUCAGUUGUCAAUAAGUGAUCAUUUUCCAAUUUGUUUCACACGCAAAAUUUCAAAUACAAUUACAAAAAAGUCUUUACAUCAGAUAAUACAGUACCGAAAUGUUAAAAAAUUUGAUGAGAAAGAAUUUCUUGAAUCUCUGGAACAACAACCUUGGUCAUUGAUAGAAAUAUUUGAAGAUCCAAAUGAUGCCUUGGAUUGUUUCAACUCUUUAUUUAGUCAGGUAUUAAAUGAACAUGCCCCUCUAAAACGAAAACGUGUAAAACACACACAUCUUCCAGACUGGUACAAUCCUGAUAUUCUUCAUGCCUCUAAACAAAGAGAUAAAGCUAAAAAAAUAAAUAAUAAUGAAGAUUAUAAGUAUUGGAGAAACAAAGUUAAAAACCUGAUUUCUAGUUCUAAGAAAAGUUACUACUCAGAAACAAUAAAUAACAAUAAAAACAAUGCUAAAGAAAUGUGGAAAAAUCUCAAACAAUUAUCAGGGAAAUCUUCUAAUCACCAGACAAGUUAUAUUCAAGAUGAAGAUGGAAAUAAAAUUACAGACCCACUAAAAACAGCUGAAGUUUUCAAUAACUAUUUCAUUGAUAUUUUUAAAUCUGCUCCAGCAAAUUGUUCAAAUUUAUUACAAGAAGAUGAAAUAAAACUGCAUGAGUUUAUUGAAAUGCAUUCAAAGACUGAUUCUCCAUUUACAAUACCAGAAAUUACUGAACAAUUCAUAAUCAAAGAACUUCAAUCUCUUGAUUUCAAAAAAUCAACUGGUCUAGAUGGUAUAGGACCUAAAUUUCUUAAAAUGAGUUCUAAAAUUAUUUCCAAACCCUUAGAAAAGAUAUUUAAUCUCAGUAUAUCAAAUGGCAUAUUUCCUUCAAUAUUUAAAAAAGCAAAAGUUACACCUAUACAUAAGAAAGGCAACAAGAAUGAAGUAAGCAAUUACAGACCAAUUUCAAUACUACCAGUCCUGUCAAAAAUUCUAGAAAGACAU